AUGAAACCCUCCAAAAGAUUGAGACUUCUGCUCUCACAAAUGCCAAUAGAGGCAUUUGGUGAUUCAGGACAUGAAAUACAGGCGUUUCAAUCCUCGUUUCAAGGAACAGCAAUCGAAAUCGAGAAUGUCGAUAAUACAUUGGAUGACAGGGAUUUUGAGUUCCGACAGCGCUUUGUCACUUCCACCGGUGCGACCAGCAACCAUGAAUCCACUAAGCAAGUCGCCACCAGUAUCGUUACUAAGAAGAAACAUAUUCGAGGCGAUUCCAUAGCAGAUGUAAUUCAAGAAGUCGCCAUUGAAGUCCUCCAUGAAGAUCUCGUCCAGAAGGGUACUACCGACGAGGAAGUAGCCAAGGAAACCGAUUUCGAAGACGUUGUUUCGGACGAGGCCACUGAACAAAAUAUCCUUGGUGAAAGUUUCAGUGAACGAGAUUCCGUUCAAAUGGAUCUUCUCUCGUUGACUAUUAACAUGGAGGAUGACGCUGAGAAGAACAACAUUGAGAAAGGUGUUAUCGCGGGAAAUGCUAUCAGAAUUACCAUGGAAAAUUCCAGUAAUUCGGACCCCAAUCAUGCCUUCGAGAACUCUGGGGCCUAUUUCCAUAUCAUAUUGAAGAUAGAUGGUGGCGCUCUCGGCGAAGAGAUUGUCAAGGAUGAGAGCGAAGACGGCGAUGAUGGUCGGGUUCUAGCUUAG